AUGAAACUCCAGUGGCUAGAGUCAGGGCAGAGCGUGAGGGGAGCCGGCACUGGCGGGCUUCUUUACAGGCCGGCGGGCGAGCCCAGCCGAGCAGAGCUAACUGGAUUCAACAACAGGCCCCAAUCCCAAGGCAGCAGCAGCCUCGGUUCCGAGCCCGACGGGAACGGAGUCGGGGUCCGGGCCCCUAAGGGGAUAGCUCUCUGCAGACGAGUGGGACCCCGAAACUUGAACGCAAUACCCACCCCUUUUUUUUAAUGCCUUCUUUUGUCACGUUUCCACCUUACUCCCAACGCGUUCAUUUUUUUCUUCUUCAUUCUUCCGAAGGGACACAAAAGUGGCUUCCUCUAAAAGAUUUGGAGGCGCUGGGAGCUCUUCUCUUUGGAGAGCGACUGUGUAGAAGCGAUUUUUGGGAAGCCGCUUUUUAACACCUUUGCCCUCCGCCCUGCAAGCCUCUCUGUACCUCUUUGAGGAGCAAAGCCCGUAGAUUGAAAGUUCGGGGGGCAUUUUGCUGGGCGCUGUAGAAGAGAGACGGGGAGGACCCCGUCCUCGUCCUGGUAGUUGCCUGGACUUGUACCAGCGGUUGGAAACCCCGAAGUACAUUUCCGUGUAGGACUUUUACAGAUACGUAUUUUUAGAUUCUUAAAUAUCAGAUAAAAAAAGUAUAUGCUUUCUAUAUAUUUCCUGACGACUUGCCCCUGACAGCGAGAUGUACAAUACGGUGUGGAGUAUGGACCGCGAUGACGCAGACUGGAGGGAGGUGAUGAUGCCCUAUUCGACAGAACUGAUAUUUUAUAUUGAAAUGGAUCCUCCAGCUCUGAGCAGCAGGACCCCGUCACAUUUGACUUCUGCAAUUACAAGAGGUUACAAAGACAGCCACCAUCCCAUGCAGGAGUCGAACUGGUAUUGGGGAUUUAUUUCAAGGGAGGAGGUAAAUGACAAAUUACGGGACAUGCCAGAUGGUACCUUCUUGGUUAGAGAUGCCUCAACAAAAAUGCAGGGAGAUUAUACUUUGACUUUGCGGAAGGGAGGCAAUAAUAAGUUAAUAAAGAUCUAUCAUCGAGAUGGUAAAUAUGGCUUUUCUGAUCCUCUGACAUUUAAUUCUGUGGUGGAGCUCAUUAACCACUAUCACCAUGAAUCUCUUGCUCAGUACAAUCCCAAACUUGAUGUGAAGCUGAUGUACCCAGUGUCCAAAUACCAACAGGAUCAGUUGGUAAAAGAAGAUAACAUUGAUGCAGUGGGUAAGAAGCUGCAAGAGUAUCACUCUCAGUAUCAGGAAAAGAGUAAAGAGUAUGACAGGCUAUAUGAAGAAUACACUAGAACAUCCCAGGAAAUACAGAUGAAGCGGACUGCAAUUGAAGCUUUUAAUGAAACAAUUAAAAUAUUCGAAGAGCAGUGUCACACACAAGAACAAUAUAGUAAAGAAUAUAUCGAGCGAUUUCGCAGAGAGGGGAAUGAAAAGGAAAUUGAACGAAUUAUGAUGAAUUAUGACAAAUUGAAAUCACGUCUGGGUGAGAUUCAUGAUAGCAAAGUGCGUCUAGAGCAGGAUUUGAAGAAACAAGCUUUGGACAACCGGGAAAUAGAUAAAAAAAUGAAUAGUAUCAAACCUGACCUGAUCCAGCUGCGCAAGAUCCGAGAUCAGCACCUUGUAUGGCUCAACCACAAAGGAGUGAGACAGAAGCGCCUGAAUGCCUGGCUGGGAAUCAAGAAUGAGGAUGCUGACGAGACCUAUUUUAUCAAUGAGGAAGAUGAAAACCUGCCCCAUUAUGAUGAGAAAACCUGGUUUGUUGAGGAUAUCAAUCGAGUACAAGCAGAGGACUUGCUUUAUGGAAAACCUGAUGGUGCAUUCUUAAUUCGUGAGAGUAGCAAGAAAGGAUGUUAUGCUUGCUCUGUGGUUGCCGAUGGGGAAGUGAAGCACUGUGUGAUCUACAGCACUGCUCGGGGCUAUGGCUUUGCGGAGCCCUACAACCUGUACAGCUCACUGAAGGAGCUGGUGCUCCAUUACCAGCAGACAUCUCUCGUUCAGCACAACGACUCCCUCAACGUCAGGCUUGCCUACCCAGUCCACGCACAGAUGCCCUCGCUCUGCAGAUAAAGAGGGAGUGGGAAGAGAGGUGGCUCUCUAGCAUUUUUUUCUACAGUUUUUAUUAGACUACGAGGGCAUUCUUUCUAUGUAGACUGCUCGUUUUGCACAAGAAGUGAUUCUGUGAAUGUGAAGUGGAGAGGCUGAGCAGCAGUCAGCCAGGAUGGGGCAUAAGGGGCCUGAGGUUCUCUGUGCCUCAGCUGGACCGCUGCACUGACACAGGAAGCUGGAAGCAGAUGUUGUUUUUUUGGAAGUCUGUUUCAUUGGGGUUUUGUGUAGCCAGGCACCCUCAGAAGAACACAUUAGGCUUCGACUCUGAGAAGUCGGCAGGGGCAUGGCUCUGUGGGAAGUUUUUUUUAUCUGGCAGUCUCUCUUAACUUCCUCCAAAAGAAAAGGCUGUUUUGGUUCUGUGGUAGAAUGUCAUUUGGUGAAAAAGACAACCAAAGGAAAAUGGGGAGGCUUGGGAUUUUAUUUACGGACUCAAGUCAAGUGGGUAAAAAUCCUUCAACUGAAGGCGCCGUAUUUCUUAACCAACAUAACUUAGGCAUCAGCAUCUCAUAGCCCCUCCCUCUAAAGAAGCAUUAUUUAGAAACCAAACUGAUCCCAGCAAAACAAUGUUUGUUGCCAGACUGAGAUCUGAUGGACAAAGGUGGCACUAGUGUCUGAAUGCACACUUCUGUACCAAAACUUGAAUCUAAAAGGAAAACUAGAAUUUGUUAGUAUUAGCAAAUACUAAAAUUGGUCAGUGUAACUCCUUCUGCCCUGCCCUCAUUUCUCAGAGGUGAGAGUAGUGUUCUUUUUGUGGGCAUGGUGAGUUUUGAAUCAUAAAAUGAAGUUGGUGCUUGUGUGGUGUUUCCUUAGCCUAAAGAAUGACCUGUUGUUUGAAACCUUUGUAACUUGUUUGUAUGAGUAAAGAAAAGGUGCAAUCCAGUGCUUUUAGAUGGCUUGAUAUACCAAAUAAUGAUAUAGAACAAAAUUAUUAUAUGUGCUUCCCCAAGUUUAAAGGCCCUGCAGAAACUGAACAUGGUUUAAUUACUCUUCAUCCUCUGUCCUUUGCUGGAUAGGGCUUAGGGGAGUCAAACAUAGGUUGCUAAGGCUGUAGCAGGAAGGGAGCCAGAUUGUGGUCAGGGACCUCAGUAAAUCACAGACCCAGAGGCUCUGGUGUCCAGAGCAAGGGUCACACCACAUUACCCAUGUACUUCCAUACAGUGGUUUCUGAAACUUUUGCAAGGAGAGGAAAGGAUGGUUUGGAGUUUAUACUGUUCAUAGAAACCAUCUGGAAGCUUUUCUCUUUGCCUUUUUUGUGAUCCUGCCAUUAAGAUGAUGUGCACAGACUGUCUUGAUUUCAGGCCAGGAAUCUUCUGCUCCAUGUGGUUUAAGCCUUCCAGCUGAGUGAAGCUAGGCCAGUGGCAUUGGAGGCAGGCAUCGCCUCCUCCCUCCAUUAUGUCCCACCCCCAUCAGUCAACACUCAUUUGACAAAUAGAGUCCAGCUGCCUCUGAGCCAGUCCUGGAACCAUAAUAGGCUCAGAGUGAGUCAGCUGUUUGAGUCCAAAGCUGUGCAGCCAGGCAUCCUGGCUGAGCUAGACAGGAAGCCAGUAUCUGGGUCUUGAUACACAAAGCUUACAGCUAGGAAAGUUCUGGUUUGGGGAUGAAGGAAACAAAUAGUGCUUUCCCCGAGCACUUAUCUUGGUGACAGGGUCUAGAAUGGACCAUGACGUAGAAAUAGACGUAGAUGAAAAGUUUUGGAAAAACCUCCAGAGUUACUAACAGAGGAUUGGAAGGAAAGGGCAUAUCUUUGACUUUUCCUUGGUUACACUGCAGUUUCAGGACUGGGUGAGGCAGACAAAUGAACCCCCUUCCAGUGUCACUAUUCUGACUUAAGCCCUUAACGAAUAGCCAGCCAGCUGCACAUCCCUUCCCCAAAUUGCCGGAUGGACAUCUUGCUGAAAGUGUCACUGAGCAAUGGCCGGCCAGUUGCUGCCAGGCACACCCCGAUGGUCUUGCAUUUGGUGUCAAACCUGUUUAAGCAGUUGGAUGCUUGGGAUUGGGUGCAAGGAAUCCCUCCUUUCUGGUAUGAAAAUUUAAUGUUCUGAAUGUCUUAAAUAAAAGUGGGACUAAGGAUACACACCUGUAACGCUGACCUGUGUGUGGCUCCUUGUCAGGCAGACAUUAAGGAUGUGCUGGGAGAGAGCUAGCACUAUUUGUUACCUACACUUGGGCUGGCUUGUGGAAAAGGGCUGCUCUUUUUUAGUUCUACAUUCCUUCACUUUUUGUUUCCUGUUUUUCAUUCUUGAAUUUGUUGCUUUAUGGGAACUAAGACAUAGGGAUCAUUUGAGAAGUUGAUAGGUAUCCUUUCUGACUAGUUGCCACAUGAUUUGCUUGAUCCUGAGUCAAUAGAAAUGGCUUAGGGAGUAGUCUGCUAACCACUUGUUGGGGGUAGUAUGUUUCUGCCUUAUUUCAUGGUCUUGGCAGCAAGUCCUGGCCUCCUCCAUCUGAGUCUAGUGCUAUUGUCCUGUCCCAUGAUCUGGGCCCUGGGACUCUCUCUUGGCAUCUUCACUGCAGCCUUACUGAGGCAGAGGGUAAAGAGG